CUAACGCACUGCCGUAAAUACUGUGGGAAUCACAGGUGUUCCGGUCCACUUGCGUUGUGGUGGAACAUGUCAUAUUUAUGGGUUUUUUUUUUUUGGUUCCUGCUGACCAUUGGGGAUGUUGUCCCUCCAUAGGAGAAAUACAGAGUAUGACAAAGUAAGGGAAAACCAAAACUUGCUGAGCUGUCGGCGACUUCCUGCAUGACAAAGACGUCCGACGUUACGUCGUCCAGAAAUUCCGCGAGUGCGUCCACUCUGGAGACGUCAAAGGAAGUGACAUUUCCUCCCCUCCCUCCUUUUUGUCUUUGUGUCCCUUCACCGCUCGCCGCGCAGGCUGGCGAGUCAAGAAAUUUCCACUUUCUUCCUAGGUUGCAUCAUAUGGAAGCCGGGGGGCACAAGGCCAUGACAUCACCCCGGGGGUGGCGGCGGGGAGAUUAUUCACUGUAUUUUCUGCUUCACUCAACUUUACUUUUAUUUGGGAUUUACUGGAUCUAAAAACUAAGAAUGUCGAUUUUUUUUUUUGUCAGACAAGGGGAGGGUCAUGAGGGUGUCUGUGUGAGUGUGUGUGUGUGUGUGUUGGGGGCUGGGCGUAGAGCUUGAAUGGCGACGGUGGCUGAUGACUCAGGUGAUGUGUCAUAGUCUAACGCUAUAAAGGGGAACUUUCACUCAAACACUCAAACACACACUUACUGUACACACACCACACACACACUGGACCACACAUUGGAGCUGGACACCUUUGUUUACCACAACAUGAGACCGACCCGUGACUCCGCCUACAAUCUUCUGUCCUUGCUGCUUCUGGUAGGGCUGCUGCGGCCUUCGUGGUGUCGGCCCGCCCACAACGUCGUCCUGUGCAACGUGCUCAGGUCCGCCGUUCCUCAUUUGGACCAGCUGGUGAAGUCAUCCGGUCACUUCCACGACCUGUCAGGCGAAUUUUUGGUGGACUUGCUGGAGGACAGACUGGAAAGUCUUCCCGUCAUUCAAACCACUGCUGCUCAGCUGCACCUACUGAAGGUCAACGAGUCUCUCUCCCUGCUCUACGUGCACACCCUGACCUUUAAAGCGCACGUAGACUGGCUGAAGAAGUUUCAAGAAGAUGUCAGUUUGCCCACCGAGGCUGCGGGAGGCGCCAGCGCUCAGCUGCUGCAGCUGGCCAACCUCAUCAAGGUGUCCCUGCACCAGGUGAAAGAGCCCGUUCCUCAGCCAAUGCGUCCCCCUUCCUUCCCGGCCGUCUCCGCGGCAUUCGAGGCGCUCCGAUACUCAGUGGAGGUGUCUCAGAACUUGAAGGUCUUCUGCAGCUGGUCAAAACGAGUCGUUCGCCAUGUCCAGAAAGUAUCUCGCUGUCCUCGAAGAUGAGCCGUCUGGGCGACGGUCGAGCACGGAAGCUUCACGCCGGAAACCACUGCUUGCACGUGUGACCUCAAAGUCCCGGCAUCUCAACUUUCACUUUUGGACACAGCCCCUGUGAGGACACGUGCACUGUCUUCUCCUAUUAUCACUCAUUUUUAUCAAUUCACACUCAGCGUCAACACAACCGAGAAAAGAAAGUGUACUUGAACUCACUCCCAGAAAAGCAGUUAGAGAAACAAGGGCUGUUUUCUAAAUAGCGCACUUAGACUUACUGUGUACUUCAUUCCUAAGGGCUUGAUUUUCGGCGGUGUAGGGCUGUCUCCAUCCGUCGUGCACUUAUCUGAAAUGACCAUCGCAAUAUUUACACACUUACUCCCUGGCCUUUUGAGUGCAACAUUCAGGUACUGGCAGUGUACUGCAUUUGGUCGCACUUGUGCCCUCCAAAUGCUGGAAUAAUAGAGAGCAACUUCCUGGUUUACACUGAAGUCCCUCACCUCAGACAACCAACAGAAUGUAUGUUUUAAUAAGGAAACUAUGUUAUUUGUAUACAGUCGUUACGCAAAGUUGUUUGCAAUGACGGUGCCUGGAACAAUUGUGAUAUUUUUAUACUGAAGUUUAUUUAUGGCGACGCAGAGAUGCCGGCAUCUCACGUCUGAUAUUUAAUAAUUUUAUACUAUGUAUUAUUUAUGUUUUUUUCAUGGAUUUAAUAAAUUUGUUACAUAUUUAUUUGUUUGUUUAAUUUUACAUGUUAAUAAAGGACUGAGAUUUCAAACUU